ACACUGCACACCAUGUACAUCAACACGUUCGUGCUUCACACCCUGCAGAGCUCUGGCAGGCAGGUCCAGUUGACCCAGUUCACCAGAACUUUGGCUUCUCAGCUGGGUUUGGACAACAGUGCCGGAGUGCCGGUCCUUCCGCAGCUAAACAGCACAUCGUACCAAGAAAUGCAAUGUCUGACAAAUGUCCUGAAGCAAAGGUUGGUCUACAAACAGCAAAGUUUCUUUUUUUUCCUCUAAAUGGGAGGGUUGAUGAGUUUUUCUUUGCCCUCCUGUGGGUUUUAGAUCAGGGUAUGUCGUUAAUUAGCUGGUGGCUUGUGAAACCCUUUGAGACUCUUUUGAGACUAAGGGGUAUAUAAAUAAAUCUGGCUUGACGAAGCCACGCUGUUGUAACAUGUCUACAAUGGGGCUUAGCAUUGUCUUGCUGACAUAAGCAAGGGACGUCCCUAAAAAAGCCGUAGCUCUGUCCAGGUAUACCUUCUGUUUAGUAUGUAUGAUCGUUCUUACCCCGUUUUCGUAUAUGACAAUGUUUCUGUGAGAACCUGUGCAAAUUUGCUGGGACUGUUUCCAACUCCCCAGCCAACAUCGCACCAUAAAAAUACACAUAUAAAUGAGUGAGACUGUUUUAAGACUUCUCCACAAUGUUCAAAGCCGAACGGGUGCCUGUUCUGUGGUAACCUGAGCAAAUGUGAUGGUGACACAGACAGUGUGACUUUUGUGUGACCCCCAAAAUCUCAAUUGAUUUUCUCAGGAAUUUGCAGCAUCUUCAUUUCAUCGUACCGUCAUUCCCCGCUUAUUCAUGGUUCGCUAUUUAUGAAUUCACCAAUAUGUGUAUCUAAAGCUUUUUUAUUCCUGCUCCUGCAGAAAAAACACAACCGGCAGUGGUCAUGGGAUGGAAAAGCGACUCGAGGUGUGGGACCGACCCGGUGUGUGUGGUCUGGACAACUCUGGAAACUUCUGCUACUUCAACGCCGUGUUGCAGUGUGUUUGUUCCACGGUGCCCUUGGUGGAAUAUCUUCUUCACCCGGACACACGCAAAGAAUUGGCACGAGCCAAGUGUCAGGUGGCCCAGGUGUUUGUUCGCCUCCUGGAGCAGAUGUGGCUGGGGAGGAGCUCCAGCUGUGCCCCUGUGGAGGCCAGGUCUUUGUUGUGUUCCAUCCUGCCCCAGUUCAACAAUGACUCUCAGCAGGACGCUCAAGAACUACUUCUCCUCCUCUUCAACGCACUCCAUGAUGACUUAAAGAAGGUUGGCAGGCGCAAGACGCAUUCCUCCAAGCAUCUGAUACAAGACCAGGAUAGAAAGUGCGCCACUGGACUGGGAGAGUCGACCAUUGUUUCCAAGUUGUUUGAAGGCUCGUUCAGUUACGUGACGGUCUGCAUGCGGUGCGACCACAAGACCCACAACACACAGACCUUCACUGUGCUCUCCUUACCCAUCCCAACACAUAUCAGCAAGUGCUCCAUUCAGGACUGCUUGUCUCCGUUUUUUGAGCAGACUCUGCUGACGGGGGCAGAGAGGAUGCUGUGCUCAGCCUGUGAACUGAGGAAAGAAACGGCUCUCGUCACUUUUCUGGACAAACCCCCUGAAAUCCUCGUGCUGCACCUUAAACGGUUUGGUUGUAAAGGAAAGAACCAGGUGAAACUGAGGACGAAUGUUACCUUCACCACUGAGCUUGAUCUCAGUUUGUUUCUGUCCAGCUCAGCACAGAAGACUUCCUGCACAUUCUAUCGUCUCUAUGCGGUCGUGAAUCACAUAGGUCACCUGAACAUGGGUCACUACACUGCUCUGUGCCACAACACCCUGACACGGACAUGGCACUGCUUCGAUGACUCAGCGGUCCGGGAGCUACACGACAAUCACGUGCAAUCUCCAGACGCCUACGUUCUGCUUUACAGUUGCAAGCCAUUCCGAAAGCCAAAGAUUCCUGGCCUGUAA